AUGACGGACUACUUUUUCUCGGCGCCGUCACUAAGGCAGCUCUCAACGACAAAGGUUGUCCCAUAUACGCCCAGUACAGCAUUCGCGGCUCUCUCAGAUCUGUCAUCUUACGAACGAGCGACAUCUCUCAUAUACCGCAGCUCGGUGACAACGAAAGACAGCAAUGGCUUACCGAAGACGGCCAAGCUCAACGUUGGAUACCCUGCACUCUCUCUUAACGAAGAGUGGCCCUGCCAGGUUAAAUGCGACCGAUCCAAGCGAACGAUAGAGAUCAUCCCGGCAGCCUCGGAGUUCCAGAGCAGCGUUGUGGAGUCGUAUCUCAUGAAAUGGUCAAUAUCGCCGGUCGCAAACGACAAGGGACAAGCCGAGAUUAUGCUCAACCUAGAGGUCAAAUUCAAAGGGCCGGUGGUGGACUCCAUGUUCGCAGUCCUUCCUGAUGUCGUGGGCCGGAUCAUGUACAGGUUCUCGGCUCUUGUGGAGGCUCAAGAUAAGAAGGAGCGAGAGGGGGCGAAGAAGAAGCCUAUGCCGGCCAAGAAAACUGCAUCGUCGCCCGCUCCAAAGGUACCUGCGGCGAAAACAGUGCCUGUGGCGAAGCCUCCCGCUGUGAAGGCUUCUCCUGAAGUGGCAACGAUACCGGUCAAGCGCGUUCCGAAGAAACUCGAGGCUCGAGGUCAAGCAAGCGGCGGGAAACAGGCGAGCUGA